CGCGCUCGUAGCGUUUCGUACGCUGGCAGCCACAUGGAGGCUCGAGACUGGCCCCCCUGGGAGGCACCGCAAAUCCCAAGGAGCAACCUCUGGGGGGACAACGAAGACGCCUGGCUCGCGCGCCUCGCGGGCGACUACGAGGCCUUCCGACGGACGCCGGCGACGGCGGAGAGCAUUCCGCGCGUGCUUCAUCAAAUCUGGCUCGGGCCGCGCCCGGUGCCGCCUUCGUUGAUCGAGCGCGGCGCCGCCUUUUGCCGGAUACACCCGGGCUGGACCCGCGUGCUGUGGCGCGGCGCGGCCGUCGCGGCGCUCCUGGGGGGGAACCGCGGCGCGCGGCGCGCGUUCGCAAAAGCGCGCGACUGGGCCGCCAAAAGCGACGUCGCGCGCUACUACAUACUGUUCGUGCACGGCGGCGUCUACGCGGACGUGGACGUGGACUUCGUGCGGAGCUUCGAGCCGCUCCUUCGCAAAUGUAAUGCGUUCGUCGGCCUGGCGAACGUCCGCGGCUUGGAGGUCGGCAACGCGGUCAUGGGCUGCGCGCCCGGUUGCGCGCUGAUGGCGGCGCUCGUCGAAGCGUGCGACGCCGCGGUCGCGGCGGAGGAUGUGGCCAAAACGCGCGCGGCGGCGCUCGUGGCCGCGAGCGGGUUCGGCGCGACCCUCGGCAAGGUACUGGCGGAAGCCAGCGCCGCGAGGACAAUAGAGACGACGGGCCCCGGGCUCCUCACGCGAGUCUACUUCCGCCGCGCGUGGGACUGCGCCUGCCUCCCCAAGACCAUCCUUUACCCCGUGGCGAACGACGGGACCGGCGGCGCGACGGGCGCCUCCAUCACGGUCCACCGGUGGGAGUGUAGUUGGAAAGAGAAGUACUAA